UAAAUGCCACUUGAUACUCAUAAGACCCCCAAACACUCCACAAAACUAGUCAAUCAAUCAUCUUCAUCUUCUCCAAAUCUCGAAAAAGCAUCUUCAAAAAAAAAAAAAAAAAAAAAAAAAAGAACACUCAUCAUCAUCAAUGGCAACAAAAUCAUAACCAAAAACCUCAUGCUAUUAUGAUUCCAUAUCCAUAUCAAGGUCACAUCACACCCUUUGUCUAUCUAGCCAUAAAACUAGCUUCACAUGGCUUCACAAUAACAUUUGUCAACACACAUUACAUACAUUCCAAGAUUUCAAACUCACAACAAUCAUCUCAACAAAAUUGCCAAAUUAUAAACAAAGAUGAUUUAUUUGCUAGAGCACGAAUCUGGACUAGACAUUCGUUACAAGACAGUUAAUGAUGGAUUUCCAUUAAGGUUUGAUAGGUCAUUAAAUCAUGAUCAAUUUGUUGAAGGAUUAUUGCAUGUUUUUUCGGCACAUUUUGAUGAAUUGGUUGAAGAUUUGGUUAAAGGGGACCCACCUGUGACGUGUUUGAUUGCUGCUGAUACAUUUUAUGUGUGGCCAGCCAUGAUUGCUGAGAAGUAUAAUUUGUGUUAUGUUUCGUUUUGGACAGAACCUGCUUUGGUUUUUAAUCUCUAUUAUCAUAUGGAACUCCUCAAGAAAAUGGACAUUUUGCUUGUCAAGAUAAUCGCAAGGACACUAUAGAUUACAUACCAGGAGUUAAAGCUAUUGAACCAAGGGACUUGAUGUCAUAUCUCCAAGCAACUGAUAUUUGGACUUGUGUCCACAGGGUACUCUACAAGGCCUUUGCAGAUAUUAAAA